AUGCUCAGCGUCGAUUUGCCGGGGCUGUUGUCGCAGUUCGCACGGAGUUUCGCGCUGGUCUUUCCCAUCUACCUGCUGGGCUAUCUGGGGCUGAGCUUCAGCUGGGUCCUGGCCGCCUUGUUAUGCCUCUUCUGGGUGCAGCGGCACCGGGGCGGAAAGAGCUCCCGCCUGGGCCGGGCUCUCGCCUUUCUGCAAGACGAGGAGCGGGCGGUGCGACUCACCGUCUCCACGGGAGACCUUCCCGCCUGGGUCCACUUUCCAGAUACUGAAAGAGCAGAAUGGCUAAAUAAGACAGUGAAACAUAUGUGGCCUUUCAUUUGCCAGUUUAUUGAGAAGCUCUUCCGUGAAACAAUAGAGCCUGCAGUAAAAGGAGCAAACAGCCACUUGAGUACUUUCAGUUUCACAAAAAUUGAUAUAGGGCACCAGCCCAUUAGGAUCAAUGGUGUGAAAGUGUAUACUGAAAAUGUGGAUAAAAGGCAGAUCAUUUUGGAUCUACAAAUCAGUUUUGUGGGAAACUGUGAAAUUGAUUUGGAGAUCAAGAGAUACUUCUGUAGAGCUGGAGUGAAAAGUAUACAGAUUCAUGGCACAAUGAGAGUUAUACUGGAACCUCUGCUUGGCGAUAUGCCCUUAAUUGGAGCGGUAUCUUUAUUUUUCCUUAGAAAACCACUUUUGGAAAUUAACUGGACAGGACUGACCAAUCUUCUGGAUAUUCCAGGACUCAACGGAUUAUCUGACACUAUAAUACUAGAUAUAAUAUCUAAUUAUCUAGUGCUUCCAAAUCGAAUCACUGUUCCUUUUGUCAGUGAAGUGCAGAUUGCUCAGUUGCGGUUCCCCAUACCAAAGGGUGUUUUAAGAAUACAUUUUCUUGAAGCUCAGGAUCUUGAGGGAAAAGAUACUUACUUAAAGGGACUCGUUAAGGGAAAGUCUGACCCUUAUGGAAUCAUUCAAUUGGGAAAUCAAAUUUUCCAAAGCAAAGUUAUCAAAGAAAAUCUUAAUCCAAAGUGGAAUGAAGUUUAUGAGGCCUUAGUCUAUGAACAUCCAGGGCAAGACUUAGAGAUUGAACUCUUUGAUGAGGAUCCAGACAAGGAUGACUUUCUAGGAAGCCUGACAAUAGACCUAAUUGAAGUUGAAAAGGAACGUCACAUAGAUGAGUGGUUUACUUUGGAUGAAGUCUCCAAAGGAAAAUUGCACUUGAAACUCGAAUGGCUCACAUUGAAGCCUACUGUUGAAAGUCUUGACCAGGUGCUAAAAAGCAUAAGAGCUGAUAAAGAUCAAGCCAACGAUGGGCUUUCUUCAGCAUUGCUUAUUCUUUAUUUGGAUUCAGCAAGAAAUCUGCCACAUAAUCCAUUAGAUUAUAAUCCAGAAGCCUUGAAGAAGUCUGCUGUUCAGAAAGUCUUAAAGUCAGGGAAGAAAAUGAACAGUAACCCAAAUCCUCUUGUCUUAAUGACAGUUGGACAUAACGCACAAGAAAGCAAAAUCCGCUAUAAGACCAAUGAACCCGUUUGGGAAGAGCAUUUCACUUUUUUCGUCCAUAAUCCUCGACGACAAGAACUAGAAGUUGAGGUCAAGGAUGAACAACACCAGUGCUCCUUGGGAAAUUUUAAGCUUCCUCUUAACCAACUCCUUGCAAGUGAAGAUCUAACUAUGCAUCAGAGAUUUCAUCUUAACAAUUCUGGUCCAAACAGCACUGUAUACAUGAAGAUUGCACUCAGGAUCCUUUCUCUUGAAAACCAAGAGAGAUCUCCAGAUUACCAAUAUUCGGCCAAAGUGAAGAGGCCUUCUGUUUCCAAAGAUGGGAGGAAGGGUACUUUCAAGCCUCAGGUUCCCUCCUCUCCAGCAGCUGACGUGAGCAAAGCCCCAAGUUCUACAGUCACAGAUACCAAUAAAAGGGCUGACGGGACAGAAACAGGCCUACCAUCCAAUCCUAAUCCACAGUGGCCAACAGAUCUCAGCAGAAGUUCCUCCAGUCUUCUGGCCUCCAAUUUAAGUGGUUCUCCCAGCCACCUUUCAGUCAAAGAACCUACUCCAAGUAUCGCUUCAGACAUCUCUCUCCCCAUCGCCACUCAGGAGCUGCGACAACGUCUGAGGCAACUUGAAAAUGGAACAACGUUGGGACAGUCUCCAUUGGGCCAGAUUCAGCUAACCAUUCGCCACAGUUCACAGAGAAACAAACUUAUGGUGGUGGUGCACACAUGCAGAAAUUUAAUCGCCUUUUCAGAAGAAGGGUCUGAUCCCUAUGUUCGAAUGUAUUUACUGCCUGACAAGAGGAGAUCAGGGAGAAGAAAAACGAGUGUUUCAAAGAAGAAUUUAAAUCCAGUGUUUGAUCAGGCUUUUGAUUUCAGCGUUUCGUUGGCUGAUCUACAAAGAAGAACUUUAGAUGUUGCAGUGAAGAACAGUGGAGGAUUCUUGUCUAAAGAUAAAGGUCUGCUUGGCAAGGUAUUGAUACCACUGGCUUCAGAAGAACUUUCCAAAAAUUGUACUCAGUGGUAUGACUUGACAGAAGAUGGGACAAGGCCUAAUGUUGCACCUUAGGCAGCUUUGGAUUCUAGAAGCUCCUGUUAGCAUAUCUUUGCAAAUCUUUAUGUAUUUUAUCAGCAUUGUUAUUACAAUAUUACUUUUUAUAACACUUAGUUACUUGGCCCAUCACCCCAACCGUUUUAUUAUAUUUUGAGAUUUUGCCAUAGGCUUAAGUCAGCUUACUUAUAAACCAUUUUUUCUCAUUUGUUACAACAAUAUUAAUGUGCAAUAGGUUUGUAGAAUAAACAUUUGUUUCAGUAGGUCCUGUUAUGGCAUUUCUGUCCUUAAGAAAAGUGGGCUAUCUUUUACUUUUUUUAUCUUAUUUGUGUUUCAUCAAGAUGUCUGCCAUGUAAAUAGAUACUAUUUUUUAAAAUGCAUUUUCCUCAGAGGUGUGAAUGCAGAAGAAAAUGUCAAAGAAAACUAUUUUGUUUGAAAAAACGUAUGAUAUAAAAACCGUAAGACAAUUUUGAAAAUAGCCUAGCUAGCAAAAUGGACUUAAUCUUACUAAUAUUAUGGAUUUAAGAGUUUCUUAUUUUUUAAAAAUGAAAGCUAUUGAUGUAAUGAUGUAUGAUUAAAGAUUUGCAAAAAGGAAAAAUACAAAAUAUUAACCUUUAAUAUUUAUAUUGAAAAAUGUAUUCUUUGAAUUUCAGAUAAUGCAUAUAAUUCACAAAUGCAGAUAUUAUAUAUUUAGCCAGGAUGUGAAAUGAAGAUUUAUAUAGUACAGUACUAUGUUUUUUCCAUUCACCACUUCUUAUUAAAAAUUUAUUUGCUCUUUCCGCAAUGUAGGGAAAUGCCUAUGUAACAGUAUGCUCAAGAUAUAUAAUGAAUUAGGAUUUGGCAGCCACCCUGAUACAACAUUGUCAUGUCACAUUGAUUGCUACAGAUAGGAAACUGUUUAUAACUGAGUCUAAAAGCAUGUUUACAAUUGUAUGUGGAAUACCAGCAAAUAAUGAGCUCAAGUUGCAGAGAUUUCUGAAUUUCUGCUUGAUUCUUUCAUAGUUGUUUCAGUACUAUCAGUAUUGGUACUGAAACAACUAUGAAAGAAUCAAGCAGAAAUUCAGAAAUCAGUAUUGGUGCCUUGAGCAGUUAAUUCUUUUUU